AUGUCCGCAGUACACGAGUUCGACCAUGAAAGGCGCUCGACCAGCAGCGACGACUCUUUCCCUGAGCCAGUGACUCCACCCUACCUGACACCAAUGAGUUCAUAUAUGUAUUCGCCCUCCAACGUCGACGCAGGUGUGUUAGAUAUCGGAGACAGGUCGCCAAGCGUCACGUCUCUCCCCUUAGGCCCGCUUAUCACGGUUGACGGACGAACGCAGCCUGCUCAAGACGAUCCUAAUGCAACAAUGCGGCAGAAGAAUAUUCCUGGAUAUGGAUAUCAACAAACAUCCCCAACGAGAUUCUUCGAACCUUUCCCUGAGGGACCAAUCCCUGCAGAACAGUUCCGGCCGAGAAGGGGGUUCAUUCCCUCCAUCCAUGUGCCUCAUGAGUUCGCCCUUAUCACACUAUCGGAGGGCAACUUAGUCCGAAUGCUUGGGUUUGAUGAAGGGGCGGUUGGUGCUGUAAGAGAGGUGCUGAGCAGUCAGGAGGGAGAGAAGCAGGGUGUGAGGUCGGAGAGAAGGGGGAAAGAAGCACAGCAUCCACAGAGAAGAAAGAGCACUGACAGCGCUAGAGAAGGCAGAGUCCUGUCACCCGUGAAUGUCGCUGCAUCGCCCGUUGAGGGGGAGAUGAUCGAGUGGUGUCUCGAGGGCAAACCUUGGAAAGAACGGAAGAACAGUUCAGAGAUAUUCUUUACCUCGGUGAUCAGCACACUUCUCAAACACUCUUAUCACUAUGUCUCUCCCUUGAAUAUUUCAGCACCGGGUUCACCUUUGCACUUCUCUGGCAUCUUCUCUCGCUCGAUCGAGCCUACGGAGGAACGCAGAUGCGCCUUCAGCGUCUCUUUCCCGGCCGCGAAUAUCAUACGUGUGAUCGGAGCGCCUCGCGAAUCAACGCCUGGUAUCUUGGCGGUCGUGAGACAGGGAUGGGGCCAGCGGCUCAAAGAGGAAAAGUCGGAGAUUGGAGCGUGGGAAGGCAGAUUGAAAGGACCAGGCUUGUUUGGCGCUGUCCCAGAACCACCAGGGCCAGAGGUCGUGCUCGAAACGCUCGCCGCGUUCAACAGGCAAGGUAUCGAGCUCAUGACGCUUGUGCGCCUCGCUGGUACCGAAAUGUGGCUGUUUGAUUGUCCCGCAAGCAAGGAAGAAUCGAUGACGAUAUCGACCUCAACCUGAGACUUGGUACCACGGCCAUGUGUUAUUCUUGGAUGGUACAACAUGAAUAAGUGUAUGAUAGUACUAGUAAUUACCCACAUUAACGGUAUAUCUUGUUUAUACGUAUUACCAUGAACGAAGUCCUUGUUCCUGCAUUUCUCUCUCAUCUCGUAACCGAUGCGUCAAUAAUGUCCGGUCAGUGCGGCUUUUCUGUGCCUUCGUCUAGAAGGAUAAAAUCGGAGACCGAAUCGAGUGUAAUCGUUUGCUACCCAACCAAGCAGAUGCGCUUGUGUAAUGGUUGCGUCCUCGAAUGUUGCACGUCCCCGCUGCUCUAGUUUCGCACCCACUUCCGGACUGACGUACGGGCAGUUUCGUAAAUGUAGUUUGAUGUUCGGAGCGAGAGUUUCACCAGUUAUCGGAUCAUCGAGGAAGCUGAGCGCUUGUAGAUUCGAGAACUGACAGCGGUCGAUCGUAAGGUGCCUUAGGGCCGAUAUCGUUUCCGCAGGAAGAGAUCGGAGAAGUUUAACCACAUCGGUUGGACAUGAAUAGAGGACGAGAUGCUCAAUAGUCGGGAAUCUAGCAAGGAGCAUCGCAACG